CGAACACGUACUAACUGGAUUUGCUUUGCACAAAACGUUGAUUACAAUUCCGUAACAUGUAGUUUGUUUCGAAUCGCGUUUUUAUUGUCUUAAAAAAAUGGCUGAAGCGGUAACUUCAGCACAACGGGGACUGCUGUAUAUCAGUCCGGGGAGGAAAGUUGAUGCUAAUAAGGAGAACGACGUUCCAGUUUUGAGUCUCAUUCAGUUUUCAAAGCCACCUUUUGUGUCUUUCGGUACUGUAAAGUUGGGCACCUCGAAAUCCGCUGUUUUGCAAAUUGAGAACCCGAUUGAGGAUGUAGAAGCGGAGGUUACAAUCGAAAAGAUCCCGUCAAAUAAAGGUUUUUCUGUGGACCAGAACACGUUUACGAUCCAGCCUCUGAGCUCAUUCACCUUGAGAAUAAGCUGGACCCCAACAGAAGAAGGUGGCAUCAGAGAGGUGAUCUCGUUCAAUGCGAAUGGAGUUCUUAAACAUCAAGCUGUUCUGCUGGGGAGAGCAGAACCGACAAAAAAGAAAAAGAAGAGCUUAUGGGAUUCGAUCAAACACAAGAGAGGGAUGGAAAAAACACAAACGCCAUCAACAAGAACGGUGUGUCCACGGAAGAUGGCAGGAAACAAAACCUUCCAGGUGUCGCGGCAGUCGCAGUAUAAGCGGGAAAAGGUGCGCAGCCCGCUUGCUUCGCUCAACAAGGGCAACGGUGUCAUGAAGGAAAACCUGCUUCAAGAUCGCUGCUUGGAACUAGUGGACAAGAACACGUCGAAUCUGGGUCGACUGUCCGUUGUCUUGUCGGAUCAGGGGAACGUUUCUCCAGAAAGGAAGAACUCGCCGGUUGUUCUGCUUGUCCCGACUACAAAGGUCGUCCACGCUGGCCCUGAUGGCGUCACAGAAAAUCCUAAAAACAAUGAACUGACUAAAUUGUUUGACAGGACUCUGUCUCCAAUCGGUACGCCGGAGAUGUUCAAGAAACUGAUGCCUCGUAUUGAGUCCGGCAGCCCGCUUCCUGCCCCUGAUGACGCCUCAACCGGAUCCUCUCUUCCUUCUUUGAAGGACGCUCUGGUUCUGAUAGACUCGGACCUUGGACAUCUUGACACCAGUCCAAGAAAUACAAGUUCUAGCUGCGAGUUUUCAGAUUCUCUGGAGUCGAAGAGCGAAAACGCGCAGCCUCACGAGCCAAGACUCACGUUUUUCGUCAGUAAAAAGAUUGUUUCAAAGGUGGAGAAGGUUGUAGAAAAGGAAAAGGUAAAGUUUUCUUUCACAUCUGCCACUGUGACCAAAGGCAAAGCGUCUGUGGAGGCCGGCAGUCCUGGAGGGAGGAAAAUCAGGAAGUCACGCCGACGGCUACUGGAGAAAACGCUUGAACUCUCCGACGGUGGCAGCCAGAGUGACUCCGGUCCGGGAACUCCGAGCCUUCCCAUCAUAGAUGCUGAGACGGGAGCUGAACAGUGUGAUGCUGGACAUGAAUUCCUGGAUUUCACCUCCUCCAGCCCCAUUCAAAGUUCUUCCCCUCCAGACACGGCGCUGUCUCGGUUCUCUGCCAUCUCUUCGCCGCUUCAUGCUCCUCCCGCUGCCAGCUCGUCCAACUUGUCCCCAGCUGGUUCUUCUCAGGAAGACUUGUUCCCUGUCCAGUUGGCAGCGAAUAGCAAGAAGAGGAAGAGUGAGGAGUUCUUGAGAGCCGAUUCCACCAAGAGCGGGGACUCGGGAAUGCUGGAGCGGGUGAAGAGGAGUCGGGUUGUGGUCGGGAAAAUUGAGCCGCCAGCGUUGGUCCAGAGCAGGAACACAAGUCAGCGGGAGAAAGUCACAACCCUGACCCAGUCUGUGAGGACGGCAAAGUCUGCAGCUGCUUCCAAGGCUAAACGUUCGAGCGCCAAAGUCCCAACCAAAAGUGCUUUGGCUCCGAAGGCGUCCGCUUCUCAGGCUGUGAAGAUCUCAAAAGUGGUUGCUGUAGCUCAGUCGAAGCUAAUGUUCAUCAAGCCAAAACAGACGGCUUUGCCGAGACACCCGAUGCCGUUCGCAGCCAAGAACAUGUUCUACGACGAGCGCUGGAUCGAGAAGCAGGAGAGAGGAUUCUCCUGGUGGCUCAACCACGUCUUGACCCCUGACGACUUCAAGGUCAACACCGAAGUGGCUAAAGUGAGCGCCGUCUCGCUCGCGCUGGGCGUCGGGGAUGACCUCAGCGUUCCCAAAGCGCCCACCAAGGAGGAGAUGUCCUUCAGCACCUACACGGCCAAACGGAAGCUGAACCGCCUGCGCCGCGCCGCCUGCCAGCUGUUCACCUCGGAGGCCGUGGUCAAGGCCAUCCAGAGGCUGGAGCUGGAGGUGGAGGCCCGGCGGCUGCUGGUCCGCAAAGACCGCCACCUCUGGAAGGACGUUGGCGAACGUAAGAAAGUCCUGAACUGGCUGCUGUCAUACAAUCCGCUCUGGUUACGCAUCGGCCUGGAGACUAUUUUCGGGGAGCUGAUCUCCCUGGAGAGCAACAGCGACGUUUUGGGUCUGGCCAUGUUCGUCCUGCAGCGCCUCCUCUGGAACCCGGACAUCGCUGCAGCCUUCAGACACGCCCGGGUGCCUAACCUCUACAAAGACGGCCAUGAGGAGGCGCUGUCCCGCUUCACGCUGAAGAAGCUUCUGCUGCUCGUCUACUUCCUGGACAAAGCCAAAGAAUCCCGUCUGAUCGAACACGACCCGUGUCUGUUCUGCAUCGACGCAGAGUUCAAGGCGAGUAAGGACCUGCUGCUGGCCUUUUCCAGAGACUUCCUGAGCGGAGAGGGCAUCCUGCCCCGCCACCUGGCCUACCUGGGCCUGCCCGUCUCCCACGUCCAGACGCCGCUCGAUGAGUUCAACUUCGCUGUGAAAAAUCUGGCCGUCGAUUUGAAAUGCGGCAUUCGCUUGGUUCGUGUGAUGGAGCUUCUCGUUCAGGACUGGACUCUCUCGGCGAAGCUGCGUCUGCCGGCCGUCAGUCGACUGCAGAAAGUUCACAACGUUGACGUGGCGCUGCAGCUGCUGAGAGGCAGAGGCGUCGACCUCAAGGACGAAAGCGGCUCCGUCAUCGACUCCAGAGAUAUUGUUGACGGCCACAGAGAGAAAACGCUGAGCCUCCUGUGGAAAAUCAUCUUUGCCUUUCAGGUGGAGGUGAUCCUGGAUGAGGCUCAGCUCAGGGAGGAGGUCGACUUCUUGAAGCGAACUCUGAGGACCAAACGCAGACUGGCCCUGGUCCGGGCCGACCGGGCCGGUCAGCCGAGCCCGGCGAAGACCAGGCCGCCGUACAAACACACGAGCGCCAAGAUUACACUGCUGAUGGACUGGGUCUGCGCCGUGUGCGACUUCUACCACAUAAAGGUGGAGAACUUCACCGUGUCGUUCUCUGACGGCCGCGUCCUCUGCUUCCUGCUGCACCACUACCACCCCGCUCUCCUUCCGGAAGCCUCCGUCAGCCAGAGAACCACGCAGACCCUGGAGUGUGCCACUAGGGGGCGCCUGGAGCUAAACUGCUCUGCUAGCGACUCUGACGGCUCCUUCGACUCGCCAGCGGCGGAAAUUGACGGAGAGGAUUCUCCGUCUCCGGACUUUAAAGAUCUACUGGAAAACGAGAAGAACAACUUCAGACUGGUGAACGCUGCGGUGGCGUCGCUGGGCGGAGUGCCGGCCAUGAUCAACCCGGCCGACAUGUCCAACACCAUCCCCAACGAGAAGGUUGUGAUGUCAUACGUGUCGUUUCUUUGCGCCCGCCUCCUGGACCUGCGGAUCGAAACCAGAGCGGCUCGGCUCAUCCAGGCCGCAUGGAGGAAACACAAACUGAGGAAAGACCUUCUGCUCUUCCAGGAGCGAAACCAGGCGGCCAUUAAAAUCCAGGCGGCGGUGCGGCGUUUCCUCCUGAGGAGUCGAGCUGAGAGGCAGAAUCGCGCCGCCGCUGUGAUCCAGUCGGUCUGGAGACGUUAUUUAUCUCGGAACCGGCUGAGAAUCCAGAAAGAGGCUCGGCUUCGGGCUUUACAGCAUAAAGCAGCGACUGUCAUCCAGGCUCACUGGAGGAAGUUUUCCGCCUUGAGGGCUUAUCAGCGCCUCCAGUAUUACACCAUUAUAGUUCAAGCUCAGUGGAGAAUGAAGAGGGCAGCCAACGCUUAUGCAAAAAUCUGCCGGGUGGCCACAGUCCUUCAGAGACGCGUCCGAGCUCGGGCCGCCUCCAAAAGAGACCGAGAGCGAUAUUUCCUCGUUCGGAAAGCGGCGCUGAGCCUCCAGAGAGCGUUCAGGAAAUGGAAACAUCGGAAAACACUGAAGGAAAACCGCGCGGCUAGAGUUAUCCAAGCUGCUUUUAGGAAAUUUACGAUGUUAAAGCUGCAGAACCGCUCCGCCACAGUCAUCCAGGCGGCCUUCAGAGGAUACGCUGUCAGAAAGAGGUUUGUGGAGAGAAGAUGCGCCGCAGUGACGAUCCAGCAAAGAUUCCAGGCCUCUUUAAAAAGAGACUUUGACAGAGCGAGGUUUGUAAGGAUUCGAUGUGCAGCUGUUUUGAUUCAGGCAGCCUACCGCGGAAAGGUGGCGAGAGAGUCGAUGAAGAAGCAGCACAGGGCAGCAGCGGUGAUCCAAGCUGCAUUUAGGAAACACGCUGCCCAAACGAAGUAUUGUCUGAUGAGAAAAGCUGCAGUUGUGAUUCAACAGAAAUACAGAGCGACGGUUUUAGCUCAAAAGAUGAAGAAGGAAUAUGAAGCUCUACGGAGCGCUACGCUCAUUAUCCAAGCUACAUGGAGAGGCAGAACAGAGAGGAGCCGGAUAAAAACGCUGCAUCACUGUGCAACUCUGAUACAAGCUCACUAUCGUCGGCAUAAAGGCCAAACGGACUACAGAUCCCUGAGAUCAGCAGCUGUAGUUAUACAACUUCACUGUAAGGCGUUUUUGCUGGGGAACAAGAUGAGGAAAGAAUAUAUUGAGAAGAAAAUGGCUUGCAUCAUGCUCCAAGCUGCAUUCAGAGGUUUGAGAGUCAGGACAGAGCUGAGGGAGAAGCACCAGGCUGCAACAGUCAUUCAGUCUGCGGUUAGGAUGUUCUUAUGUAAGAAACACUAUAUUCUCCUUCAAAGUGCAGCAAUCCUCAUCCAGAGCAGAUACCGAGCUGUUCUUCUCUGCAGAGUGCAGCAAAGCGAGUUCAGAAACAUGAAGCAGGCCAGCGUGAAGAUACAAGCCACCUUCAGGGGGUUCGCAGUGAGGAAAGACUUGAAGAAGAGACACAAAGCUGCAGCAGCAGUCCAAGCUCAGUUCAGGAUGCACAGAGUUCGAACGGCUUACCUGGCAACAAAGUGUGCAGCCGUUAUCAUUCAGGAUCACUUCAGAGCCAAAAUACUCCGGGAUGAGCAGGUGAGGAGGUACCGGGAGACGAGGCGAGCAGCUGUGGUCAUCCAAGCGGCGUUCCGCGGAUACAGAGCCAGGAAGACGAUAGUGGAGUUGCAUCAAGCAGCAGAAAUUAUCCAGAGGAGAUUUCUGACAAGCAGAGCCAGGAAGCGGUUCUUGGCAAUCAAGGCAGCCGUUUUGGCGUGUCAGCAGAGAUACAGAGCAGCCACUCUGGCGAGAAGACUCCACCUGGAGUACCGAUCGAAGCGCAAGGCAGCGGUUUGCAUACAGGCCGCAUACAGAGGGUAUGCUGUCAGGAAGCAGCUGCAGGUGAAGCAUAAAGCAGCUGUAAUCAUUCAGUCUCAGAUCAGGAAGUACCAGCAGAGAAGCUGCUACAAAAAGCUCCUCUGGGCUUGUAGAGUGUUGCAGGAACGCUACAGAGCUGUUAAGCUAAUGAGGGCUAAGAAACGCGCCGCUGUUGUUUUGCAAGCUGCUCUCCGUGGGAUGAAAACACGGCAAAUCCUAAAACGAAGACAUGAAUCUGCUGGAGUCAUCCAGAGAGCUUUCAGGACCUACCGAGAACGUCAGCAGUACCUUUCCUUAAAAGUUCACGUCAUUAAAGUCCAGCGCAGAUAUCGGGCUAAUGUUGCAGCUAAGGAGCAAAGAAGGCAAUACGAGCGCAUCCAGAGGGCGGCAAUCCUCCUUCAAGCGGCUUCAAAAGGGAAACGAGUCAGAGAAGAGGUUGCUCGCCGGCACCAGGCUGCGGUGAUGAUCCAGGCUGCAUUUAGGAAGCACAGAGCAAGAGUCAGGUUUCAGGCAAUGCGGCUGUCUGCCAUUGUCAUCCAGAGGCGCUACCGGGCUCUUCAUCUCCAGAAGAACUUCCUACAAAUGAAACGGUCUGCCAUGGUCCUCCAGGCGGCAUUCAGAGGAGCUCGUGUGAGAAGUAAGAUUGCAGAGAUGCACAGAGCUGCAACUGUCAUUCAGGCUAACUUCAGAGGACAUAAACAGAUGAUCACCUUCAGGCGACAACGUUGGGCAGCGUGCAUCCUGCAGCAGAGGUUUAGGGCCUACAGGGAGACUGUGCUUCAGGUGAAAUGUUACCAGGAGCUUAAAAGAGCAGCAUUUGCUCUGCAGGCGGCGUACCGCGGCAGGAAAUGUAGACGACUCAUCAGUCAGUGGCAUCAGUCCGCCUUGGUUAUUCAACAGGCUUACAGGGUGUACCAGGAACGGAGCGCCUACCUUACACUAAAAUCGUCAGUCCUGAUUGUCCAGAGAAGAUACCGAGCCACAGUAGCAGCUAAGACGCAAAUGCAGAUAUACCAACGCAUGCGUGCUGCUGCAGUCCAUCUCCAGGCAGCGUACAGAGGACGCAGGGCAAGGAAGAAAGUUGCUCAUUUAAAUCAGGCUGCAACUGUGAUCCAGUCUGCAUUCAGAAAGCACAAAGAACAAGUCAAAUUUCAGGCGAUGCGGCUGUCUGCCGUCAUCAUCCAGAGGCGCUACCGAGCUCUUCUUGUCCAAAGGAAAGACAGAGAAAGUUACCUGACAAUGAGGCGUUCUGCAAUUUGUGUCCAGGCUGCAUUCAGAGGACAUAAAGUGAGGAAGGAAGUUGCUUGUUUGAAUCGGGCUGCGACUCUGAUCCAGUCUGCAUUCAGGAAGCACAGAGAACAAGUCAAGUUUCAGGCGAUGCGGCUGUCUGCCGUCAUCAUCCAGAGGCGCUACCGAGCUCUUCUUCUCCAAAGGAAAUUCAGAGAAAGCUUCCUUAAAACAAAACGAGCCGUUAUCACUCUUCAAACUGCUUUCAGAGGACUCCUUGUCCGGACUCGGAUGGCAAAGAUGCACAAGGCAGCUACUAUCAUCCAAUCAAACUACAGACGACACCAACAGCAGCUGGCCUUGGAGUGGCGACGCAGGGCAGCCUGCUUUGUGCAGCGGAGAUUUAGGGCCUAUCGGCAGAAACAACUGGAUGCAAAACAUUUCCAACGGCUCAGAAGAGCCGCCAUCUUUCUACAGGCUGCGUAUCGAGGAAUGAAAUCUAGACAAAUAUUGAGGCAAAGGCAGGAGGCUGCAAGGGUGAUUCAGAGAGUUUACCGAGGCCACUGUGAACGCAAGCAGUUUGUGACCCUAAAGACGUCGGUUGUGAAUGUUCAGCGCAGAUAUCGAGCUGCUGUUGCAGCCAAAGAGCAGAGAAAACAAUAUGAACAACUAAGAAGAGCAACAAUAAGCCUUCAAGCUGCAUACAGAGGACUUUGUGUCAGAAAGGAAGUCACUCGUUGGCAUCAGGCUGCCGGUUUGAUCCAGAGAGUUUACCGAGCCCACUGUGAACGCAGAGAAUAUCUGGCCUUCAAGGCCGCUGUCAUCUUGGUUCAGCGCAGAUAUCGAGCUGCUGUUGCAGCCAAAAGACAAAAACAGCAAUAUGAACAAAUCAGAAGGGCGACGAUUGGUCUACAAGCAGCAUUCAGAGGAUUUCAAGUCAGAUACAAAGUUGCUAAUUGGCAAAAGUCUGCAACUGUGAUUCAAGCUACAUUCAGAAAACACAGAGAGAGAGUCAAGUUCCAGGCUCUGCGUCUGGCGGCCAUCAUCAUCCAGAGACGCUAUAGAGCUCUACUUCUCCAACGGCGAGAUAGAGAACAUUUCCUGGAUGUUAGACGUUCUGCUGUCGUCCUCCAGGCGGCCUUCAGAGGCCAUCAUGCACGGACUCAAAUUGCAAAAAUGCACAAAGCCGCUGCCAUCAUUCAAGCUAAUUUCAGGAGACUCAAACAGCAAACAGCCUUUAAGAGACGAUGCUGGGCAGUGACUGUCAUACAGCAGAGGUUUAGAGCGCAGAAAUGUAAAGAACUUCAGGAAAAGCGUUACCAAGAUGUUAGAAGAGCCGUCAUCGUUCUUCAGGCUGCAUAUCGAGGAAUGAAGUCCAGACAGAAUUUAAGGCAGAUGCAUCAGGCUGCAAGUGUAAUCCAGAGAGCUUACCGUACCAAGAGUGAACGCAAGGAGUACCUGGCCUUCAAGACCUCUGUCGUCUUGGUUCAGCGCCGAUACCGAGCCGCAGUGGCAGCAAGGCAACAAAGACGACAAUAUGAACAAAUGAGAAGAGCGGCCAUUGGUCUGCAGGCAUCAUUUAGAGGACUUCAAGUCAGAUACAAAGUUGCUCAUUGGCAAAAGUCUGCAACUGUGAUCCAGUCUGCAUUCAGAAAGCACAGAGAGCGAGUCAAGUUCCAGGCUCUGCGUCUGGCGGCCAUCAUCAUCCAGAGAUGCUAUAGAGCUCUACUUCUCCAACGGCGAGAUAGAGAACAUUUCCUGGAUGUUAGACGUUCUGCUGUCGUCCUCCAGGCGGCCUUCAGAGGCCAUCAUGCACGGACUCAAAUUGCAAAAAUGCACAAAGCCGCUGCCAUCAUUCAAGCUAAUUUCAGGAGACACAAACAGCAAACAGACUAUAAGAGACGAUGCUGGGCAGUGACUGUCAUACAGCAGAGGUUUAGAGCGCAGAAAUGUAAAGAACUUCAGGAAAAGCGUUACCAAGAUGUUAGAAGAGCCGUCAUCGUUCUUCAGGCUGCAUAUCGAGGAAUGAAGUCCAGACGAAUGAUCGGAAAAAGGCGAGAGGCUGCCAGCGUCAUCCAGAGCGCCUUCAGAGUCCACCGUGAACGGCAACGGUACCUGAAACUGAAAUCAUCCGCUCUCACGAUUCAGAGGAAAUAUCGAGCCACUUCAGAAGCCAAAGUGAUGAAGAACAGAUACUCGCUGAUGAGGAAGGCUGUCGUCACUCUUCAGAGAUGCUGCCGAGCCUGGAAGGAAAAACGACAGGUCCUGGAGGCAGCCCGGGCAGAGCAGAGACUCCAUUUUACGGCUGCGGUUUUCCAUCACCUCAGCGCCAUAAAGAUCCAACGAGCCCUGAGAGCCCACUGGGCUUUGGAAUCAGCAAAAAGACAGAUCCAGUCGGUCGUUACCAUACAGCGUUGGGUUAGAGCGAGGCUGCAGAGGAGACGAUAUCUGGAGGACAGGAGGAAGGUGGUGAUGGUCCAGAGAGUGGUCAGGCGUUGGUUAGCGCGCCGCCACAAAGCCGCCGCCGUCAUCCAGGAAGUGACCCGAAAAUUCCUCCUGGACAGGCGACAGAAGAGGGCUCAACGAGGAAUCGUCAAAGCUCAGGCUCUGUGGAGAGGACACCGCUCCCGCAUGCUGAGCGACAAACCCAAACUCGUGAAGCUGAGGCUCCGCUUGCGCAAAAUCUCUGCUGAAGUACGAGAGGAAGACAAACUGUGCAACAAAACCUCUUCUGCGCUGGAGUAUCUCCUCCGAUACAAACACUUCUCCUUCAUCCUGGAGGCCCUGAAGAACCUCGAGGCCGCCACCAGGCUGUCGCCAGAGUGCUGCGAGCGGCUGGUGGGAAGCGACGCCACCGGUGUCAUCUUCACGCUGAUACGCAGCUGCAACCGGAGCGGACCCUGCAUGGAGGUCAUCACCUUCUCCGUCCAGAUCCUCCUCAACCUCUCCAAGUACCACCUGACCAUAGAGGCGGUGUAUUCGGUGGAAAACUCCCUGGAAACGCUGCUGGAUUUACUGCAGAAAUACCGGGAGAAAGCCGGGGACAAGGUGGCCGAAAAGGGCGGCAGCAUCUUCACCAAAGCCUGCUUCCUUCUCGCUCUGCUGCUGCAGGACGAGCGCCGCGCUCAGGAGGUGGUGAAGCUGCCUAAAGUUUUGGACCGGAUACGCAGCAUCUACCGGCUCACCGCGCGGAAACACAAAAUGGACGAAGAGCGCAGCAUCACCAGGCAGAGAAUCAACGCCUCGAUCAACGGGAGCUUCUUUGUUCCGCCAACGCCGCGCAAAUCCAAACCGCCACCAAAGUUUGUACCGGAUUGGGUUCUGAGGAAGGACAAACUGAAAGACGUCGUCGAUCCCCUCAGGGCGAUCCAGAUGGUGGCGGAAACGCUCGCCAUCGUUUUAUAAACAGAAAACCUUCAAGAGUCUUUUUGUUUUCACAGAAAACCUCAGAUUU